AUGUUGCCUUUCAUCUUGAUUUGUGUCGUUUUAAUGAACACGAUUUGGUGUCAACCAAUAUAUUUCGUCAUGCCAACUCAAACAGCCCGCAGCUUUGACUCAGCAGAGGAUACUUUCUACCAGGAACCAGAAAUUGAAGGGAUUCAGUUCAUUGAAGACCCCGCCAAGCUAUUCCAACCCAAUGAUUUCUUUCGAGAAGUAAACAAAUUUGUUAUCGGCGUCCAAGAAUUCCUGCAGAAUCCGCCGACUUCCCUGUACAGUGCAUUCAACCAACUGCAGAGCAAUGCCAAAAAGAACCAUCAGAAACACCAGAAGCCCGUGAAAAAUAAAGUGGUUCUUGACCCCUUCGGUAACAUUUCAUUCACCCUGGGCUGGUCAGCCAACCUGGGAGUGUUCAAUAGCAUCAGUUUCAGCAAGAGUCGGAGUCUGGUUAAACACAAUAGCUGGACUAAGGGUUAA